AUGACGUUCCCCCUCUCCCCCCCAGCUCUGAUUCCUUCAAGGCCCAGCAUGUCUGGGCCUUCAUUCCACACUUUCCGGUUUGAAAUGGCUCAGCCCUUUUUUCUUUCUCCCACACUUGUUGCAGGCAUGGCUGUCUCCUGUCCCGGCCUGCCCUCUCUGGCCUGUACCCCAGCUCCAGGUCCCCUGCUUCCUACCACAGCCCCCUCGCCUUCUGAUGCCUUAAAAGCCAGGCCCCAGACCCUGCCGGCCAGAGCCUCUCAGAUGCUGAGCUCCGGAAGCUUGACUCAGGACCAAAUGGCUCUGGCCUGGGGAUUGGGCCCCUCUACCCAAGGUCCCCGAUUGUGGGGACAGUAG